GGAGCAAUGCCGAAAUGUGGUUGACAGAAUAACACCGAGAUCGCUAUCAUGAAUUUGCAGCGAAAAGACACAGACUUUCCUUUUCGGAGCCAGAUGUAGGCUAACUCCCAUCAUGAGUCGCGUCAGGUACUACACAGUUGAGACGACGUUGAUAUUCCUCUCCUUCGCUCAUCUCAUCUCAGCUCUGAAGUGUGUGUGCCAGUUUCCGGUAUGUGAAAACAGCAUUUGUGAGACGGGGCCCGACGGCGCCUGCUGGAACUCCGUCACGCUUAACAACGGCAAGGAGGAGGCGGGCAAGUACUGCGUCUCGCCCUCUGAGAUGAAGGCCCAGUUCUACUGUCAUGGCUCCAACAACUACUCCAAGAGGAACUGCUGCUUCACCGACUUCUGCAACAACGAGACCUUGCACCUCAACCCAGAGCGUGCAGCGGAGGCGUCUGCGGAGGGGGGCUGGGGCCGUGCGGAGCUGCUGGCGGUGAUCCUGGUGCCCUCGUGCCUGCUGUGCCUGGCCAUCCUGACGGGCGUGUGCGUCAUGCACAGCCAGCGCUGCGCCGCCUACGGACGCCGCCACCGGCAGGACGUGGAGGAGGCCCUGGACGACCAGAGCCUCAUGGCCCCCGACAAGUGUCUCAAGGAGCUGAUGUACGACAUGAGCACCUCCGGCUCCGGAUCAGGUUUGCCGCUGCUGGUUCAGCGGACCAUCGCGAGAGCCAUCGUGCUGCAGGAGAGCAUCGGGAAGGGCCGCUUCGGGGAGGUGUGGCGGGGCAAGUGGCGCGGCGAGGACGUGGCCGUCAAGAUCUUCUCGUCGCGGGACGAGCGCUCCUGGUUCCGCGAGGCCGAGAUCUACCAGACCAUCAUGCUGCGCCACGAGAACAUCCUGGGCUUCAUCGCUGCAGACAACAAGGAUAACGGCUCGUGGACGCAGCUGUGGCUGGUGUCAGAGUACCACGAGCAUGGCUCUCUGUACGACUACUUGAACCGCUACACGGUGUCGGUGGAGGGCAUGGUGGUGCUGGCGCUGUCCAUGGCCAGUGGCCUGGCACACCUGCACAUGGAGAUCAUUGGCACUCAGGGAAAACCUGCGAUCGCUCACCGUGACAUCAAGUCCAAAAAUAUCCUGGUGAAGAAGAAUGGCACGGCCGUCAUCGCAGACCUGGGCCUGGCCGUCAAACACGACUCCAGUAGCAACACCAUCGACAUCCCCGCCAAUCACAGAGUGGGCACCAAAAGGUACAUGGCGCCUGAGAUACUGGACGACACAAUCAAUAUGAACAGCUUCGAGUCCUUCAAGCGGGCGGAUAUCUACUCGCUGGGGCUGGUGUUCUGGGAACUGGCGCGGAGGUGCUCGUUUAGAGGAAUCGAGGAGGAUUACCAGCUGCCUUACUAUGAUCAGGUGCCUUCAGACCCGUCCAUCGAUGACAUGAGGAAGGUGGUGUGUGAGCAGAAGCUGCGGCCCAACGUCCCCAACCAGUGGCAAAGCUGCGAGGCACUACGGGUGAUGGGUAAACUCAUCAGAGAAUGUUGCUACGCCAACUCCGCCGCCCGACUCACCGCACUGCGCGUCAAGAAGACCAUCUCCCAGGUCGUCGUCACCAAGGACAUCAAGGACUGAGUAGCCCCCUCUCCCCACCUCCAUCCUGGAUAAGGAGACAUGUGGACACUGAAGAAUAGGGUUCACGUGUUAGCCAAUGGCACAUACCUGAUUACUGUCUGUAUAAGUGACCUGUGAGCAGGGUUGCCAGAUGAGACUGAUGAUUUCCCGCCCAAAAAAUGCUCAAAACCCGCCUUGAAGCACUAGAUCUCACCCUGUUUGAGCCAAAUUCUAUUGAUUUCUAUGGCCAUAAAUCUGCAGAAUAGCCUGUCCAAAUGCACUUUUUAGCCUUUUUUACCCGCAGACGGUCAUCCUAAACAGCCCAAUUGGGUGGGAAACCGGACAAUCUGGCAACAAUGCUUGUGAGAUAUGUGUUGAGCAAAAAUCAUGGCCCUACUAGCUCGUUAUUAUGAUUAUAACAGUGAUAACAGACUUAAUGGUUAUGAACAAGAAACUAUUUUUCUAAUCACAUCUUUUAAGUCACACAGACUGCUAGGUAUGUAUUAGUGCUGCCCAACAUGUAAGCCCUAUUCUAAAGUGUUACCAUGUAAGUUUGGUCUGGUAUUAGUCCAGCAGCUUGCAUUGGUUAAAGACCGUCCGUCCAAAACUGACCGUCCAUCCUGCAACACCCUUUUAUGAGAUGCCAAAGAACCCUACAGUGUCUAGCAGCUAGGAACCCGUCCUACUGGAUUAUAGCCGCAAACUAAAUGUGAUUUUCAUAACGAAAGUUUCUUUCAAAAACUGUGAUGCAACAGAAGAGAAGAGAAAAAAAAUGGUUUGGGAUGUGUGUACAUACUUUUGCUACCUCAAAUGUUUUAUUUUUCAUGUUAAGUUUUCUAUAUUUGUAAGGAAAAAAAGUGCCAAAUUGCACUCAUCUGCUUCUGGUGCCAUAAACGUUAUGCUUGUUGUUCUUGCAUAUUAUAUUGUAAAUGUUACUGAGUAACGCUCGGCUGCUGAGGAGAAAUCAAGUUGGUUUGCUCGACUAUAAAUGGGGCGGCCACUUGGUUCCUUUUUUGUUUUGACCAAAGUCACCACUGGAAUAUUUCCAUUUUGCUCUUUUUGCUCAUUUUUUUUCUGUAGAUAAACUCAGCACUCACACACUCCUAGACUUGUCUGAGGGACCAAUCAUCAAGAUUUGAUUGUUUUUUUAGUCCGAAAAAGUAAAUACUGUGUUUUUUCCACUCAGCCCCCUUUGGUACGUUCCUCCCGCCGAUGCUCUUUGUGUCCUUGUAAAGGGCCUUGAAGCACCGCAGACAAAGCCGUUUAUGCAAAUUUCAAUGUAGAAAUGAAACCUGUCUGCGCUCACUCUUUCACUAUUGGCAUCCAGAGAUUUAUUUUUAUCCAGUUUUUAUUUUCGCAAAGAGGCACUGCAGAAAUCAGAUGUGGCUGAACUGUGGUCUCUGACAGGUGUUUAAUAAAUUUUGCUCUGUGAAGACGACCACAGACACACAUACAGUAUCAGAGAGAGAGACGUAAAAGAGAUAAAUGCUCUCCCAUGCCUUCAUUAUAAAGGCUAAUUCUAUUGAGGCCUUACUUAAAGCUGGGCAAAAAAAAACCCAAAUUGUACGAAUAUGAAUGUAAUGUUUUUAAUAUCGCUCCUCACACCAUCUAUGUCGCUCGCAACACACUUUUUAAUGGUUACACUGCUCUGAGGCUGUUUGACCGGAAACAUUUCUAUUUAGUUCAUCACAUAACGUUUUACAUUAAUGUGAAAAGUUAAUGUCAUAUCAAUGAUUUUAGCAAAAAUCACUAUAACUGACAGAAGUAUGACAGCCCUGUUGGCAUGUCGAUAAACAAGCUCAAUAUAAAAUGUGAAAUUUUGCUACUAAAUAAUAUCAUUGUCAGUCGCUUACAACAUAUAGGCUACGCUUAUAACGUGCAAUCUAACGUGCUAUAUUUUUUAAACGUUUGUACAAAGGCUUUUUUGUUGCGUUUGUCAUGAACAGUAACACCAUUGUCAUAUUGAGGUGUUGUGCUGUUGGUGCGACACCAUUACGAAAGAGGAACAUGAACUAGCUAAGUCUGGAUUGUAUCUGCCUGCCCUGUCAUAUGUCGGGCAGGUGAGUGGGCACCUAUUUGGAAGCAGGCAGGCCCUCCGUAUGGUGUCAGCGGUUACUGAGUUCUUCUUUUUGGUCUGUGUGCUGCUGUUUGUGUGAGAGCAAGAGCAUGCUGGCCUCUGUUACCGCACAAGCCUGUUUUUAAUGAGCACCAGGCACGCGAGCACUCCCUUAGGCGUUAAUGUGUUUUUUAUAUUUAACGUUUUCUUUUUUUUACAUUAGCAAUAAGCAUUUAAUAAACGUUCAGGGCGUAUGUUAUUAUACGCCUUGAAUGUUUCUUUAACGCCUAUUGCUAAUGUAGCUGUUGGAGGAAAAAAAAGAGUAACACUUUAUUUUACGGUUCUGUUUUUUUAAAGGUGCACUGUGCAAUAUUUUUAGUAGUUUAUUUCCAGAAUUCAUGUGGCCCAUUCACAAAUGUUACCCUUUUCAUGAAUACUUACCACCACCAUCAAAUUCUAAGUAUUCAUUAUGACUUUGCACUUUUCAUACAUGAAAGGGUGGAUCCUCUCCAUUGUCCGCCAUGUUCAGUUUUCAGAAAUAGACAUUUUUAGCCGCAAAGCAUACUGUGCUUUGGUCAAACUAGUAAAUAUCAGUUCAUUAUUUAGUAAUUAUACAUGAAAAGAUGAAAUUUUAAUAGGCAGCACAGUUUCAAUGUGCAGCAUAGUUGCAAUACCUACUCUGGCCACCAUCCUACACAGUGCACCUUUAAGCGUAUCUCCUUGUAACAACAUACAAUAUCGUGCACUUACACUAUAACUACUCAGUACUCACCCUGACCCUAAUGAAGUGCAUCAUGAUAGAUAUUGUCACUUUGUUACAGUAUAUUUCAUUGACGUGACAGGGCCACUAAAAUAAAGUGUAACCAAAAAAAGAUACUGGAAUUAAAAAGGAAUAAUAUAAUUAUCCCUGUUCCACUGUGCAAAUGACCUGUUAUGCAUAGAGGUCUGUGUCCCAUCUUCUGAUACUCAUCCGACUGGAUCACUCUGUACUCUUCGUCCAGUCCCCAUAAAUGUUGUUCGAGCAUGCUACUGCAACCGUAAUAACAUAUUUGAGCCUGUCUCUGUACAUAGGUACAUAGCUGAGCAGUCCAGUGGGAUGACAUAACACAGCAUACUUGGAGACCGCAAACUGUCACUUGCAGCCUGUGCGAAGACACAGUGGCUUCGGGUGGCCUCCACACAUGCUUCUGAGAUGUACGUACCGGUACUGUAGGCCUAUGUGUGGGCGCACUGAACAUCCCUGUCUGCAACCUUCACACACUAGUUACACAAGAAUCACAGUUCAGUACAUGAUUGCCUUUAAGUUUACUCACAGUGUUACUUGCUAUUGAGUCUCUUUCUCCUUGGUGGCCCAUUCCGCAUACACGUAGAAGGUUGCAUUUCUGACAGGGCACCGCGAGAGCUGAACCACCACACAAAAAGAAUGUCUUGGGGAAUUUUUGCUCUGUUUUUUUCAUGUGGUUUCUUCUUUUGUUUAUGAAAGCAUGUCAAAUGGGUAUGCAUACGUACUCUACUUUAUGCUUUAUGAAUUCUGAUCUAAUGUGUCUUAUCUCAAUGAGCAGUAUAUUUGUCAUUUCAUGUUCUAUUUAUUGUAUGCAGAUGUA